AUGGACUGUUACUCAGACACAUCUGUAUUCACAGGUUUCAACAGUAAGCGUGAUGAUGGCAUCCUUACUGUGUUUUUUGACGCAAGGAAAUUGAAGAGACUGAAAUUUAAUUCUCAUGGCUCCCAGUUUCAAGGAGGAACUGAAGUCAGGAGCAUUAUGGUUAUUCCAGAUCUCUACCUGAAUGUCAAAGGAGGGACAGUGUCCUACUUUGAGUGGCUGAAGAAUCUCAAUCAUGUCAGAUAUGGCUGUUUGACCUUCAAAUAUGAAAGGGAUUCUAAUUACCACUUGCUCAUGUCUGUUCAAGAGAAUUUGGCAAGAACGUUUGGAAAGUACAGUGGAACUAUUCUCAUUGUACCCACAGCAGAGUUCCAAGACAGGAUAUCAAGUGCAUCAGAGAAAGACACCACGCACGCUGACCUGGUGUACACAAUGGAGAGUUUUGCCAGACAAAUUAUGUGCAUAGCCAUGAAGUUUAACCUUGGAUUGGACACGAGGACCACAGUCUAUGUCAACGCCAUUAAGAAAGUCUUCAAAGUGUACAAUGAAGCCAGUGUGACCUUCAUGUAG